AUGGGACGUGAAGAGCAGAAGGAAGAACGGGAAGUUCUCGACUCAAUUUUCCCAGAGGAAAUUACGGAUAUCUCAGAACAUGAGUUCAGGAUAUCCAUCGCACUCGACAUUCCUGACGACGAUGCAGAGGAGCCACCAAUAAUGCUGUUGACAGUGCGCUACCCGGAAGAAUACCCAGAUAAAGCGCCGCUACUGGAGCUCUCGGCGCCUCAAAAUGCGACUCCUCACCAGUACCUCAACAUCGCGGAAGACAGAGACCAAUUGCUUCAAGGCCUGCAGGCCACAAUUGAGGAGAACCUCGGUAUGGCUAUGGUAUUCACUAUUGUGUCUACCUUGAAAGAAGCGGCGGAGCAGCUUGUGGUGGAGCGCAGAGACGCCGCGGCCAAGGCGCAUGAGGCGGCCAUUCUUGCGGCUGAGGCAGAGGAAAACAAGAAGUUCCAUGGCACUCCGGUCACACGAGAGACUUUUAUGAAGUGGCGUGAAGCGUUCCUUAAAGAGUUGGAAGAAGCCAGAGUCCGCGAAGAGGAGGAGAGGGCAGCUGAGCUGAAGAAGGCGAAGAUAAAGGAGCCGGUUCGCCUCACGGGCAGGCAGUUGUGGGAGCGUGGUCUCGCAACUGGUGAUCAGGAGGAGGUUGAUGAGGAUGGAAUGCCAACAGAGGAAGUUCAAAAGCUUAAAGUUAGCGAUAGCUGA